CGCGAAUAUUCCGUUUUGUAAAAUGGCGGCGUGAAAAGGGCCCGGCAUUUAAUUUUGAUAAAGACAGAUUGCUAUUGCGAAAGGUUUUAAUAUAACGGAUUAUUGGGGCUUUUAGUGACUAUUUCAAGAAAGUAAAGGUAUAAGUACUGACAUGGCGAAGAGGAUUGCAGACAAGGAGCUGACAGACCGAAACUGGGAUCAGGAGGAUGAAACUGAGGAGGCAGGGACAUUUUCCGUGGCCAGUAUGGAUGUGAUGAAAAGCAGACCCAUCAAGAAGGCCAAACGUCGCAAUUUGGGUGGAGAGAGUGAGGGAAGCAGUUCGUUUAAGGGAUUCCAGGGCUUUGCCCUCUCUACAUCUGGCCCGGCAGCAGCGGCCCCGGCAGCCCCCUCCUUCUCCAGCUUUGGUAAUGGCGGCAGCUUCAAGCCCCUGGCUGGCCUGACCAACGGCAGCGGCAACGCUACCAGCAGCGGAGGCUCAGCCCCGGCCUUCGGCAGCUUCUCCCCCCCUGGUGCCACCAAGCCCUCUACCACCCUUGGCUCAUUGACAUUCAACGGCCCCUCCUCCGCGGCCCCCCCAUUGGCUGUGGGCGGUGAGCGACAGUGGAACGGCUCCGCCUCCGGGCCGACAGGAGCAGCAGUGAGCGUGGGCAGCAGCAGCAGCAGCAGCAGCGGUGGUGGUGGUGGCGGUAGCAGCAGCAGCAGCGCAGAGUACAGGCGGCAGCUCACCGCGCUCAACUGCUCCGUGCGCGACUGGAUCACCAAGCACGUCAACGACAACCCGCUGUGCGAUCUCAACCCCAUCUUCCGCGACUAUGAGCGGCACCUGGGCAGCAUCGAGAAGAAGUACGGCGGCGUGGCAGGAGGAGGAGGAGGAGGAGGAGUGGGAGUGGGGGGGUUUGGCGCCACGGCAACCGGGCCCCCGGCGUCCGAUGCCAAGAGCGAGGCUGCGCCGGCGGAGGGGGUGAAGACCGGGGGACUGCAGCUGACCAGUAGCGGUAGCUCCGCGGCCGUCUCCACCUCCAGCAGCAGUGGCACUGCACCCGUGUCUCUGUUCAGCUUCGGCAAGGACGCCUCCAGCAGCUCCACCACCACCACCUCCUCCUCCACCACCACCACCUCCUCCUCCUCCUUGCCCUCUGGGGUCACCUUUAACUUCGGCCAGAAGGUGGACACCUCCGUCCUGUCCUCGUUCCCCCCCGGCGGAGGAGCGCCCAGCUUCUCCUUCUCCACCUCUUCCUCUUCAUUGUCCUCCUCCUCCUCCUCCUCCGCCGCCCCCUCCCUCUUCGGCGGUCUGAGCUCGGGCGGCAGCACGGCAGGAGCGGCAGCUGCCCCCUCGGCGCCCUUCUCCUUCAGCCUGGCCAAGACCGAGGCGCCCGCCGCCGCCACCGCGGCCCCCAGCACAGCAGAUGUUAACGGCGCAGACGAGGAGUCCGAGGAGCCGCCCGUUCCAGUGGUCAAAGAGAUCAAAGAGAAAGACGCCUUCUACUCUAAAAAGUGUAAGCUGUUCUAUAAGAAGGAGAGCGAGUUCAAGGAGAAGGGGGUGGGCACUCUGCAUCUCAAGACGGUGGCCGAGGACAAGCUGCAGCUGCUGGUCCGUGCCGACACCAACUUGGGAAACAUUCUACUGAACAUCAUGGUGUCGUCUAACAUGCCCUGCUCGCGCACGGGCAAGAACAACGUGAUGGUGGUGUGCGUGCCCAACCCGGCGGUGGACGACAAGAACCCCAGCACGCCCGUGCCCAUGCUGAUCCGCGUCAAGACGGCGGACGACGCCGACGAGCUGCACAAGCUCAUGCUGGAGAAGCGGGCCUGAAGAGCGCCCGCCAUCUCAGACUCUACCCCGCCCACCCACCCACCUACUGAACCCCCACCCACUCAGAUCUUAUACCCGCAAUUCACAAAAAACAAACCCAUACGUUGCCCCCCUCCUCCUCCUCCUCCUCCUCCUCCUCCAUCCUCCAGACACACUCAGCCCUUGGUAUUCUCUGUCUUACCCCCAAAUGUGGCUCCCCAUCAUCAUCCGCUGUGUCAACAAAAGUUAGCUCUGUGUUCAAAAGAAAGAGGAAAGGACUCUUUUUUUUCCUUUUUUUUUUUUUUUAAGUUGUUGUUUUAAGGUAGUGUUCAUACAGGAUGGCUUAAAGAGGCAGGCUCCUGAGUGGUUGAUUAAGAUCCAGGAAGGCCUGUUGUCAAGAACAUUCCUUUGGGUUUUUAGUCCUUUUAUUUUCUUUAUUUCCCCCCCGCUGCUAUCAGUUAAUUUAAGAGAUUAGACGAAAGUGAAUCACAACGUUUUUUUUUUGUUUUGUUUUUAAACGGACAAUUUUUAUGGUGACGUUUGUUUGAGUUUUGUUUUUUGUUUUUUUUCGCCAGGUUGCAAAUGCGUCAGGUAGGGCAAAGUUGAAAUUGUUAUUGGAGUGUGAAUGGAGGUUUGUUUGGCUUGAAUGUGUUUUUUCUAUUUGCCAGGCUUGCACUUUUUAGGAAAAGGAAAAAAAAAACAACAACAAAAUGGUGGCUGUGAAGGCAGCGUCUGCAAUCUCCUCUGUUAAGUGUCGAGAGACGGGAAAGUGGAUGAUGUGUAUAUGAAACAGUUUUGUGACGACUGAAUGGAAGUGGUAGUUCACUUUUUCUUUUUUUCCCUCUGUAGAUUAUUUGGCAUAAUCAGAAUGUUGAAUGAUCUAACAAUCACUUUUGAUGUAAUGGUUUUUUUGGUCCUGCGUAAACUCGUGUGUGUGUGUGUGUGUGUGUGUGUGUGUGUUGUGGAUGGAUGCAUGCGUGUGGAUGUGCGUUUUGGCACUUGCUGUAAUUGACUAUUUAUUCUUCAAUGAGGGUGUAAAUGGACGCUGUAUCCCCCCCCCACCCCAUCCCCACCCUCCUUGGAAUGGCAUGAUGCCCGAAAGUGCACCUCUUCCUCCAGUUACGCUGUGGAUGUUUGCCACCAAGCGAUAGUUUCCCUGUUGCUCCAUUCAGUGUCUCACCACGGAUCUCAUGGAGGUUGUUUUGUUCUGUUUUUCUUUUCUUUUUCUUUUUUCUUUUAUUUUUUUCCAAGUGACCUUUGUAAGGCCUUUAACAGUGACAGCGCCUGGUAACAUCUGUAGAUUGAUCAAUUGGAGAAUAAACUACACCGAACAAA